CCGGCCCCCCAGCGCCCGCGGACCUUUCUGACGGGGAUGGUGGCGGCGGCGGCGGCGUGCCUGCUCCCUCCCUCUUUUUCCACCACCAGCGGCGGCCGGCUCUCGUGUGGGAGGAGGGCAGGAGCGGCGGCGGCAGGGAUGGACUUGAGCGCCGGGGCUGCCGGCUAAAGGGAGCAGCGCGAGGAGCGGCGCGCCAGAGCACACGGCGAGCCAGACGCCAGAGCAGCCGCCGCCGCCGGAUGCGGUUCCCUUCCCCGCGUGGCUCGCAGCCCGGCGCCCCGCUCGCUCGCUCGCCUCGCCUCCAGCCGCCCCGCUGCGGCAGAUGAGCUGGGGGUCACCGCGCAGCUGGGACUAUGGUGAAAUUUCCGGCGCUCACCAACUACUGGCCGCUCAUCCGCUUCUUGGUCCCGUUGGGCAUCACCAACAUCGCCAUCGACUUCGGGGAGCAGGCCUUAAACAGAGGUAUCGCAGCCGUCAAGGAAGAUGCUGUAGAAAUGCUAGCUAGCUAUGGAUUGGCCUACUCCCUCAUGAAGUUCUUCACUGGUCCAAUGAGUGACUUCAAAAAUGUGGGGCUGGUGUUUGUUAACAGUAAAAGAGACAGAACCAAAGCAGUUUUGUGUAUGGUCGUGGCUGGUGCAGUGGCUGCUGUAUUUCAUACCUUGAUAGCAUACAGUGAUUUGGGAUACUACAUUAUCAACAAGUUGCACCAUGUGGAUGAAUCAGUGGGAAGUAAAACACGCAAGGCCUUCCUUUAUCUUGCUGCCUUCCCUUUUAUGGACGCCAUGGCUUGGACCCACGCAGGCAUUCUUCUGAAACACAAAUACAGUUUCCUGGUGGGAUGUGCCUCCAUCUCAGAUGUCAUCGCUCAGGUUGUUUUCGUAGCCAUUUUACUGCACAGCCACUUGGAGUGCAGGGAGCCUCUCCUCAUCCCCAUAUUGUCCUUGUACAUGGGAGCCCUCGUCCGAUGUACCACCUUAUGCCUGGGUUACUACCGAAACAUUCAUGACACCAUUCCUGACAGCAGCGGGCCAGAGGUGGGGGGUGAUGCUACGAUAAGAAAGAUGUUGGGCUUCUGGUGGCCUCUGGCAUUAAUUUUGGCCACUCAGAGAAUUAGCCGGCCGAUUGUCAACCUCUUUGUGUCUCGGGAUCUUGGUGGCAGCUCAGCAGCCACGGAGGCAGUGGCAAUUCUGACAGCUACGUAUCCAGUGGGACACAUGCCAUAUGGCUGGCUAACAGAGAUUCGAGCGGUUUAUCCUGCUUUUGACAAGAAUAACCCCAGCAAUAAGAUGGUGAACACCAGCAGCACCGUCACCGCAACGCACAUCAAAAAGUUCACUUUCGUCUGCAUGGCCCUGUCCUUAACGCUCUGCUUUGUGAUGUUUUGGACUCCAAACGUGUCCGAGAAGAUAUUAGUUGACAUAAUUGGAGUGGAUUUUGCCUUUGCGGAGCUCUGUGUCAUUCCUUUGCGAAUCUUCUCCUUCUUCCCAGUUCCAGUCACAGUAAGGGCACACUUGACAGGAUGGCUGAUGACCCUAAAGAAGACUUUUGUGCUGGCCCCAAGCUCUGUGUUACGGAUCAUCGUUCUCAUCACCAGCCUGGUAGUGCUACCUUACAUGGGUGUCCAUGGUGCCACCCUAGGAGUUGGAUCCCUUCUGGCCGGCUUUGUAGGAGAAUCUACCAUGGUAGCAAUAGCAGCUUGUUACGUAUAUCAGAAACAGAAAAAGAAGAGGAAUGAUAAUGAAACGGCGACAGAAGGUGAAGACUCAGCCAUGACUGACAUGCCUCAGACUGAGGAAAUGACGGACAUCGUAGAAAUGAGAGAAGAGAAUGAGUAAUGGAUUAGGGGUUGACUGUUCUCUGUAGGACAACUGGAAGCAUCUUUCUUCUCUCAUACUUUCUUUUUUUAUUUUUAAUAAAGAGGCCUUGAUUCCAAAGGUUUCAGAUAAUGAAUUCCCUAGCAUACCAAGUAUGCUGGCAUGGAUGAGGGACUUAAAGGAACAGUCUCUGCUUUUUCUCCUUCAACUGAAUUUCUUCUCUCACUCCAUGCAAACUCAAAAGACGUGGCUGCUACGCAGUAGAGGAAACCUUCUUUCUUGGACAGUUUCCAUUUAUCAACCAAAGUCAUGCUGUUUAUUCAUGGACUCUGCUGCCGUCCUCUUAACUUCCUUGAUGCUUUCCCUCCCCCCCCCACCCGACACACACACUUCCUUUUUUUAAUUAAUGAAAUAUUGAAAAUGCACCAUUUGAUUUAUUUGCUUGAAAAUGACUUUGCUCUAUUGACAUGUAUCACGGUGGACUCUUGAGUUGGGCUUUCUCAUCAUUCAAUAUGAUAUACUGUAUACUUCUACAGAAAAAGGUACUGGGGAAAGGAGUCAAGAGAAAAGUAAAUAAUAGACAUAAUACAUUAAAUAGACCGUGAUAAAUACAAGUCAAGUCUUUCUGUUUAGAGUUCACCGUAUCACCUGAGAUACAGAACAGUCUUUGGUUUCUCAACUGUGAACCGUUGUCUGUACUACACUAAACUUAUAACUGUUUUCUAAAGAAUAUUAUGAGUGUUUAAACUGGAAGUUUUAUAUAGAAUAUUAGUGUCCCAUCUGAAGGUCUUUCUGGAAGAGCCUUUUGUUUCCCUGCUCAGUGGAGUGCACAGUACUGCAGUUGAGAAAUGGUGUAAGAAAUUGCUUCCAAGAUUAUUUCCUAAAGGGAAGAGGACAAAAGAAACCCCACCAAUAUUUAAACCAAAGUUCUAAUCCAGUGUUUUGAAAGUGUGGCUGUUUGUACUGUCUAUUCAAAAAUAUACUUGCUAAUUUAUACAGAGAAUAUCAUGGUAUAUCCCUUUGAUGUAGAGAAUUUGGGACAGGACUAUUGCUUCAACACUUCUCCCACACUGAAUAAUAUGAAUGAUUCGAAGCCUACAAUAGAGGCAUGCUUUUCAAAAGCAAAGAUCCUUCAAUGCCAUAUAAAGGGGAUCUGCAGAGGUAUUGAUCAAAGGAAUAAGUGCUUCAUGCCUCACUCAUUAAUCUGACUGAACAUGGCAUGUCUACAGGGUCUGCACUUUGAUGACUGAAUGCCCUUCUGCAUCAGAGUUGCCCACGGUUCAUGUAUGCACAGGGAUUCAGCCUUCACUGGGCUGUCAACCAUAGGUACGACUGUAGGACCUAUACAGGUUACAGUUUACACAACUGGCUUCCGAUAAUUGGUGUGGGAAAGGUAUCUGCCCUUUCUUGAGAUCUUCCCAUACUUCUGGUGCGUGCUGCAGUGCUGAAUCUAGAACACCGGAAGAAGCCAUGCAUGUGUGCUCUUAAAAGGGGCCAGUUGGUAUAUCAGUAGCCAUAUAGGGGCUGGCUAUGGCCAUGUGACAGGAUGUCAUUUUAAUCCUAGAGGAAAUGACUUGAAAUAAAAUAUUUCAAGGUUUCUUUAGCCAAAUUAUAUUUUUCUAUACGCUUUAGAAUGGUGAAAAUUAUUUUAUUUAAUUUUGCACAAAUCCAUUUUCUAGAUUUCUGGAGUCAAGUAGCUUAGAAUAGAUGAAAUCUUUAAAAAAAUUGCAAUCCUAUAUCAAUAUAUGUGUAUAUAUACACAUGUAAGUGUAUAAAUAUAUAUAUUGUAUAUUAUGUGUAAUUUAUUUUAGGCUGCAGUAAAUUUCUUAUUUUUUCCAAAGCUCAGUAAAGAAUUUCUAAUACCAUACAAGGUUUGCUUGUGUGCUGAAACUCUAAAAGAAGUGUACUAUUACUGGUUAAUGUUACAUCUCUGCAAAAUUGAUAUUCAGUUUUGCACAUGCACAAAUGCAGUAAUAAAAUAAUAGGAUGAAUAGAUUCUCAAAGGACAAGGAUUGUGAAUGUUGGUUUAGGUUAGAGAUCAGCACCUACAGGCCCCAGAGCCAAAUCUGGUUCUUUGGGAAUGCCAGCAGGACUCUGGGCUAACUCCAGAUUUUGUGAGCCCUGGACAAGAUACACUUCAGUGGGCCCUACUCUCCUUGAUGCCACCGGCCCGCGCUCCCUUGCCCUCCCCCAUCCUUGCAAGUGUGUAACCAAGGUGGACCAGAGGUACCACUUUCCUGAAUUUGGAUAAGGAGGGAGGAGUUAGUGCUGUUACCACCAGGUGGCAGUGUGGUGCAGCACCAAAGAUGAUGCCGCCGCCCCUUCCCCGCCACCCAAUCUUACCAUCCCGAGAACAGGGGCAGGUUGCAGUGGUCUCUGCAGCAUUGCACUUGGUCAGGAGUUGGCAGCAAGUCCUCACUGAAAAGUACCCAGCCAUGUCCCCUCCAGAUGCCAAAUCCAAGGUAAGAGUGGUGUGUAUGAAGUUGUAGUGACAAUGGCGUUUCUCAGUGUCCCACCAUGGUAAAAAAGGGGGGGCAUACCUCUCUCCCCUCCAGCUUUGACUCAAAAUGGUCUAAAACUAGUCACUGAAUUGUAGAGGGGGAGAUCCAAAUACUGGAAAUGUCACAUGAUAGAAGCAAAGGAGAGGAUACUGAUCCAAAGCUUUCAGUGCUGUUUUCUGCUUAUUACAGAAUUACACAGAGGAAAAUCAAUACUGUAUAGUAUAUAUUCUGUGAUCACAUACAUCUGAUUAUGUAUGUACUGUAAUAACUUUCUCUCUGUGUGUGGAAGCGUGCACACUCGGAGACCUCAACAAAUGUUGCUCGUUUUUCUGCAUUAUGGCAACAUGGAAUUCUCUAAUAUUAGCAAGCUCUAAACUUACAUUUCUUUCGAAACGAGUAGUUUUAUUGUGAUGUUUCUUCUGGUACAUCUUUAGAAAUGUAGGCUGCAGUAUAUUUAUUUGGGCUUAGAGCCAUAAAAAAAAAAAAUCAAAACUCCAGUUUUUUCAGUGCUUCUUUCUUAGCUAGGUGGAGGGAUUAAUAGCAACUUUCUGGUGACCGAGAUGGCUGAAAUAAUGAGGAUUAUGUCCUUAUGACUGCAGCUUGAAAUGCUAUCAUAUUUUUUAAAAGGAUGCUUAAUUCCAUGCAGAUACUAUGUCUUUAUUGAUAAUAGGUUGGAUCUAGCGAGCUUUUCACUCUAUCUUGCUUGAUUUACUUCCUUACUAUAUACAGACCCAUCCCACAUGCCUUUUGUUCAUGCAGGCCCCAGAGGCCCAGCAUAGCUUUUUUUGUGAUCCUAGGGGAGCCUUUCCGCCUCCCCUCUUUCUGUGGUGUAUAAGCUAGUUGGAUCUAACCCAGUGAACAAAAAUCAAGAUACACCAGAGUCUGGCCACUUUUGCUGUAGAUGCUUUAAAUCGCACAAAUGGUGGCUUGCAAAUCAUAGAAUAUUUUAAAUCUUUUUUAUUUUUCAGUAAACUAUGCAUAUUCUGACCGAGCGCAAAUUUACUAAACAAGUGUACACCUUUUUUUGGAAUUUAAAAACCAAUAUUUGCAAAGCGACUACAUCCCUACAGCUCAGGUAACAUGCAGGCGUUUUCUGAAUAAAUACCCUAAUCUGAAUUUUUAUUUCUAUAAAUUACUGUGGACUAUCUAGAAUAAUAUACAUUAUCUUACCAAGCAAAACCACGUUUCUUUUGGUUUGUCUCUAAACAAUCCCUUGGUGAACCCGUAUGGGCCUGAUUCAGCUAAUAUGUAUCACUGUCUCUUAAUUCAGACAAUCACUCCAGUUAACCAACAAUAGAAGUAAUGCUCAGAGAAUAUAAAGAGAAUGAUGGUACUUUACAGAUAGCUUAAUUUUUUAAAAAGAAAUUGCUGUAACAUCUGAUGGGCUAGCCUCAUUUAAAUGAAAGGUGCAUGAGGCACAAAGCUAUUUUGUGCUCUGCCAUUUAAAUAUGCAAACUGUGCAAAUAUAUAAUACACGGAGAAUGCUAGGGGUAAAUCAGUUCUUGCAGCUUUACGGGACAGUGUUUCCUUGCUUCCUAAAUUCUUUGACACACAAAGAAAAACCUCAAUUUUUACUGUAUCAAACAAUGGGGUUGAAUGAAUUUAUUUAUCUCAGUUCACGACCAGCUUUAAACUAGUAAAAUAAGACAUUCCCUUAUUUGGUAAGAAUUAUACAAGUUAAAACUUCAGUUAAAAUAGUACAAAUAUAAAUAUAAAUGGGUUUGAUCGAGGAGAUAUUGCAAGAGCCUGCUUCUCGUUGAAACAAGGAAGUGGAUGCGCAGAGGCUUAAAGAGUCUGUUGAGCUGUAAUCCUAGGUACACAUUUGCCAGCAGUCACAGUCAGUGUAGUGUUACAAGUGCUUUCAUGUUUGAUAAUAACAGCAUUUGUUUUUUCUGCGAUUGUGCCAGCUUAUCCCCACAAUAAGCGAUGUCCUUAAAUAUUCAACUCAAGGUAUGGGGAGCCAUGUCUGCAUGCAUCCUACGGCAAGUCCUCUCACCAUGUUUACUUCUGCCCAAGAGGGUUCUUUGACCCUCAUGAGUGAUUGAGAGCCAAGAGAAGCACACAGAAAACCCAAAGAGUCCUGGUGCUCAAGUCCUCCGGCAGUUCUUUGGAACCUAGCCAUGUGAAAAUGAGCAGAAGGUGUCCUCAUUGACUGCUGCUCCCGGACAAAUAGGGCCAAGCUACAAGUGAUGCCUGACACAGGUUGGACACUUGUCAGCUUCCCUCAAGUUUUGAUGGGAAAUGUAGGCAUCCUGGUCUUGCAGCUUGACCCUCCAACUGCUGUCCAAUGGACUUUUCAACUGUCACUUGUCCAACAUUCAGCCAAGCUGCCUACAUUUCCCAUCAAAACUUGAGGGAAGCUAACAAGUGUCCAACCUGUGUCAUUCGUCACUUGUAGCUUGGCCCAUAGUCAUUGUGUUUAGGGUCAUGCUUCAUGCUAUGCUUUUGUUGAGGAUAACAUGAGCUCCUGAUUCAGUCCCCUAAUUAUUUGCAUGGACCAAUCAACUGGAUGCAGGACUUUGUUGCAGGUCUUCCUGUUUGUGAUGUCACUCCUGUAGGGACAUUCUUACCAAUGCAACCGUUGCUAUUGGGGCGGGGCUGUGGUUCAGGGGUAUAUGUGUAAAGGUCUAGGGUUCAACCUUUGGCAUCUCCAAUUAAAAGGAGAAGGUGGCAGGUGAAGUGAAACACCUUUUUCUGAGACCACAAAAAGCUGUUCCCAGCCUGAGUAGAUAAUACUGACAUGGAUAGACCAAGGGUCUGAUUCAUUAUAAGGCAAUUUUAUAUGCUUGCGUGUAUGUGUCGUCCAAAGAUGGACCAUCUUCUAAAUCAGCCUAAAUCCAAAUACUCUUGUUUAACAGACUGAUGAGUCAAACUUGCUUUUUAGUCAAAUGGGGUAUCCUAAGAGAAACUUCACUUUAACUGUUUGUAGGCAAAACCAAAAGGGAAGCUAUAUGUAUUGCCAGUGGAAGGCAGAUAUAAACUGACAGUGACGCUUGGGUGGAAAGCUGAGAAUUCUUAAAACUCUCCAUUUCUACAUUUUGAAAGAUGCAGGCUUGCUGGAAAACAAGCAAAUUCAGAUUUAAACCCCUCACCGUCCCCAGUAUGUUGCAAACAGUAGUGCUUCAUGAGGGUCUCUGAACCAGCAGGUACUUUGGCUACGACUGAGAUGCUAGAUUUGACAAAGUUCUGUUCUAGCCAAGCUAACUGAGAAGCAAGCAUAUUCCCCCCCCCCCUUUGCUUUGAAACUAACAGGUGCCAAGCAUGAUAUUCAAAAUCCAAGAAUAAAGGGGGGGGGGAGAUUUUUAGGGUUUGUGAUUUGACAACAUACAACCGAACUCUUACAGGCAGCUUGGAAUUUAGAAAGAAACAGUCUCAGAUUUACUGGUUGAUAGACAACAAUUCUGUGCCUUUCCCCAAUGAUUCCAUCCUGCCCUAAAACAUUUUGAAACUAUGGCUCAAUAUUGGACUUAUUAAGGGAGAAACAGCUAUAACAAAGGAGCUGUCUUGUAUCAGGGGAAGGCUCUUACUGCAGGAGGUAAGCAGAAUGUCUCUGCCAGCAGAACAAAUUUACAGUAUCUAGCCUAAUGGUUCUGACAAAUAUUUCAUUAUCAACCCCUUUCAAAGUUUCCCUAAUAGGUCAAUUCCUUUCCCAGCCCACCAUUCUCCAAAUUUGUUUCUUUAUGGUGAUACCAUAGGAAGAUAAUUUCCUAGUGUCCUCUGUUCAUUCAUUUAGAAUAAAGAAUCAGGUUUGCCAUUGUGGGAAUGUGCGCAUGAAGGAAGCACACUGAUACGUCCAAUGGCAUGGUUCAACCCAUGUGAACAUUGCACUGCCUCACAAGGAGAAUUUGUGGUGACCAACUGCUACCUUCAUACACACUCAUUGGUGGGUAUGGAACUGCUCCAUCAAGAUGUGGUUCUCAAGAAACUAGAUAAGCAUGAAUUGUCCCUAAGACCGCUAAAUAGUGGUAAAAUCUUAACUCUGUUAUUCUACUUGGGUAGACAGAAGGCAAACAAAGAUGAAAACAUUUUUAACCUAGUGAUCUGAUUUCGUCCCAAGUCAUUUGCCACCUGUGAGAAGAAAGUUGCAGCCCAAUUGUAUUGAAGAUCUUAAACUACAAGCAGAUUUAACUGACUUAAAUUAUUAACAGCAGAGUUUAGCCAGGAUGUAGAAUAGACCAUUUGUUGGCCCUUCAAAUCAAUAGGUUGGCCAUGAGGUAAAACAAGAAGCCGGAGAUGGACUAUUUGUCUGAUCCAGCAGAGCGCCCUCUUACGUUCGUAGUCUACUACCGUAUAAUAAAACUAAGAAAAGGACAAAAUGAUGUUUGUUCAUUAGACUCGUUAAUUAACUCUCUCCUUGGUGGCAUAUGUUACCUGAGAAACCUAAUUUUCAUCACCAAGCAGAAGUCACAUCAUUUAAAAAAACCAUAAUGUUCACUCAUUUUAAACAUUCUACGACUGCAGCUGCUCCACAAUGGAAACAAUAGUUAUGAGAUAAUUGUGUAUACAGAGUGGGAAGACGUGGACUAAGAGUGAGUGAAGGUGCUAAUAAGCUAUGCCUUCUCUUUGCAGUGUGGGAUCCUCCAACUCAGAAUUGCCUAUAAUUUGUGAUGCCUAUGAGCAUCCUACAAAAAUUCAUGGUCUGUAAAAUUAGCUAGUCUUAAAUGUGCAACUGUAUUUUCUUAGAAAACUGAUAAUAUGAACGCAGAUCAUAUAUAUGAAUGCAAGAGCGGAGGGUAUUUUCAGGGUGAAACAAGUUGCCAUUUCUCCCCUGAAAUGUGCCCUGGCUGUUUCCCCCGCUGCCAAGCUUCUUCGCCUCUUAGAGCCACUUUGGCAAUCAAAAGCUGUAAAAUAAGGGCUAGGAAAAUAGAGGGGUACAUGAUAAAGCACCCCACUCACCAUCUGAUCUUUCGGCAGCCCCCCAACUGGUGUUACAAGACAAACAUUGGGCCACGAAUCCUCUGCUAGCUUCCUAAGGUGUAGGUCCAGGAUGGCUUGCUGUGCUGUUGCCAUGGGGUUAUUGUACAUUGGCAGGAAAUUUCAGCACUAGCAAUGGUACUGUAGUGUCCUAAGACCCAAACUGAAACACAGAAGGAAGAAAAGCUACCUUUGUGUACACAGAAACAUUCUUCAUACUUCAGUGUGGGGAUACAUUACCAGGAUAGAGAUGGGAGCAUUUGGCUGUGAAUUGAAGAAUGAAGUUCAUUCUCCAUCUCUCUCAAGCACUAUGAAAUAUACGCACAAGAUAAUAAAUUGUUUAUAUGGUAUUUUUUAUAGUUUCUCGCAACUGUCUCAAAAUACAGGACCUUUGCAGGAGUUGUUUUUCCCGACUGGAUAGCUCAGUAUUUAUUAAUAGCAUUGGUUGUUUCUUAUCAUUUAUUUAUUUUUCUUGGUCUUCUAUUUCUUCACUUCCCUUUUGGGAAGUCUGUAAAAUACUCCGUACUGGAUGGCUUUCCUUAGGACAAAAAAAAAAAUUGUAGUCCUUAUGUUGACUGAAUAUCAAGUCAUGCAGUGAUUAAAAACUUUUAAAUACCUU